CUGCUGGACUACGAGUAUCGUGAUUCGAGUUUUCGCGCCAAUUCUUGACUCGCACAUGGUCUCUUCUCUCAAAUCGAUAAAAAGUUUAACACUUUCGUUUGUUUGUUUAUUGUGUGAUUGCGAUUUCCUGCUGUUGAAUUUCAGUUUUAUUUUGUUUUUGUUGUUGUGAUGUACAGUGGGCGUGCUACGUUAUUUUGGAUUUAUUUAAACCCGAUUAGUAAUAUUUAAGGAAAUUGGCCAUGAAGGGUUGGUUCGAUGCGUUUAGAAAUGAUGGUGGUCCAACACUGUAUAAUUUUAACAAUAGAACAGCAGUAACCGGAGACGUGACAGUUAUCACGUUUUUAGCCAUAUUUAGUACACUUUACGUAGCCUUUCUUAUUAUAUUUCCCGGAAUAAGAAAAGAAAAAUUUACUACCUUUUGUGCUGUGACCCUAAGUCUGUUUGUAGGAGCAACAAUAGUCAUUUCAAUAUGUGGGUCAGCAUGGCAGGUCUCACAUGCCAAAAUAGACAGUACAUAUCGUGCAUUUUCAAAUGAGAAAAUGUCAGCAGAUAUUGGAGUUUACGUUGGACUCAAACAUGUUAAUAUUACAUUACAAGCAUUGCCAAAUAACAUCACAACAUCCGACAUCGAUUUUAACGAACGUUUCGAAUGGAUCAAUUCCAAUCAAAUGAGAUGUAGUUUUAAGGAGGCAUUAGAACGUGGCCUGCCAUAUCCUAUAUUAACAGUGGCCGAAUAUUUUACGUUGGGACAAGAUGGCCUUGCAUGGGGUGGCCAAUACAGAGCCGCUGGAUAUUUUGCCAUCAUCAUGUUAUGGACAUCCUUUACAGUUUGGCUGCUAAUGAAUCUGAUGUUGAUAGUUGUUCCCAGAUAUGGAGCUUUACUCAUGACAACAUGUGGCUUUAUCCUUUUGGGGACAGUUUGCGGCUACUUUGCAAUGUUACCAGAAAAUCCUUUGACCAUAAACAUCGAGGGAGCUAUUUUAGAGUUUAAGUUUGGGUGGUGCUAUUGGCUGGUCCUUAUAGCAGGGGGUUGUUGUUUAUUGACUGGUGUAAUAAUAACUACAAUAGAAAUAGUAAAUCCUCAUAGUUUUUCGACAAUAUUAGAAGUAGAUUAUGACACGCCAUACGAUAGGCAUGUAAUCAUUGAAGACAGCAGAGGAAAGCGGUUCCAGAGAAAACGAACUAGUAGUGGAAAACUGGAAGAACAGGAUAGCAUUGGACAUAGAAUAUUAAGGAGGUUAUCAUCGAAAACGAGGGAUGAAAAACAAGUACCAUCUUGUUCAAAUGUUACUUUAGAAAAUGAUACGUAUGAAAUACAAGAGAAAAAUUCGUCCUGGAAAUAUCCGUACAGUACCCAGGAAGAUAGACCUAGUAGAAAUUUUCGAAGAAACAAUUCUCACUUAUCUAAUUCCUCAAUACCCAGGAACGGACCUCAUGUUCACGAAAACAGCAUGUUUAGGUAUCCUGAGAAAGCUACUUCAGUAUCAAUGUGGUGAGACAAAGACAACUAAACUAAAGGACGUUUUAGUGCAAUUUAUUACUUAUAAAGUGAUUUUUAUGUGAUAUAGAUAGAUGUUAGCUAAAAUCUCAUUUUUAAUGGCCAUAUUUAUAUCUUUAUUAUACAGCCAUGUAAAUUAUAGUUGUAUCACACUAUUAUAUAAGACUUAUCGCAAAAAAUGAUAUUAUUUGUUAACAAAUUUAAUUUUAAUUGAUUUGUAAUGAAUAGUUUUAAAAUUUAGGGUUUGUAAAUAGACAUGUCAGAGUAGGUGACCCUUGAAGUGUAAUUAUAUGGAAUUAUUUUAUUGUAAUUUAUAAAAAUAAAUAUUUAUUUGACGAA